AUGCCUAGAACACACCAGAGUUAUCACCCAGCUGAUCAGGCGCACGAACCUGUAUUUGAAUCCCCAGCUCUUUUUCGAUUUCGAGCCCACCCCUAUGUGGCUGUGAUUGGCCAGAAGCAAAUGAUCGACGUUCCUCAAGAAGGAAGACUGGUUCCGAAUCUGCGUCUCCAAGCCGAACUGUAUCGCCAAAGCGCGGCACAGAGAGACCCGAACCCGGCGCUGGACCUGGUUACCCGGCUUCCUGUGCUGGUUCUGCUUUCCUCUUUAACCGGAGCUUUAAGCGCGAGGACUGGAGAGCAGUGCGCGCUUUCGCUCUGGACGCAGCGGGAGCAGCGCGCGGCGGCGUUUAUCAUGAGUUGCCCGGACGUGAUGCGCCCGCUUUACAGCCAUUACGCACCUCACGCGCCUGGAGACGCCGCGUUCGCCGGCAAUUUUCCGACUCCCACUCGUGUCAGCAGUCCAUCGUCUCGAAACAGGAACCUAAUGGACGCCUCUGGAUCAGAGGAGGUCCCAGCUUUAGGAGGGAACCCAGUGCCAGGGAGCCUGUCCUCAUCUGCGUACUCCUCGGGCGGACAGAAGGAGAAGCAGGUCGGAGAAGCUGAGUACCUGAGUUCUCGAUGUGUUCUUUUUACCUAUUACCAAGGGGACAUCAGUAGUGUGGUGGAUGAGCACUUCUCCAGAGCUCUCAGCUCCUGCACAGGGAUGGAAGGCAAGAGGAGAGCCAGUCAGGUCAAUGCAGAACCAACAUCUCCAAACAGUCGGAGAAAUUUCCCUCCAUCCUUCUGGGACAGUCAUUAUCCGUCACCACCCAGUCGACCUCAUUGUGACCCAACAGGGACCCCAGCCUACUCCGUGGACCCCUACACCCAAGCUCUACAUGCAGGUUUACCUCAUGCCCAUCCUCAUGCUCACCCCUCUGACUCCUGGGGCUACACCCAAAGUCAGGUGUAUGGUCCCCCACGGUCCCUUCAUGAACUCUACUCUGCACCGGGGCUGGAGGCGCACUAUAGUCCCCUGCUCAUGCCUGCUGUCAGGCCACCCCACCUGCCCCCUACCCUGCCAGGCCAUUACGAUGUAGCGAAACUGGAACCUACACCCACAUGGCCUGGACUGCUUCCACCAGGAGACAUGGCACUCGCCCUAAACAUGGACCCAGGGCUGCAGCCACAUAAGAAAGGAAAGGAGCUCUACUGGUUUUAACGACCAUCUUGAUCAUCAACUCGUCCAAUUAAUGCUCUGGAGAGCUGGAGACCGACCCAUUGUAACCAAGCUCCUCUCUAUCAGACCCCUUCGGCCUUGCCAGAUUUAUCUGUGCACCAUGGAGAUAAAAAGAGGAUGGAGAGAGAGAACAGUAGAAAAAUGAGCGGGGUCCAGCUCUGUGCAUUUGUCUUUCCCUCUAAUCCUUCCAUUCUCUCUCUCUCUCUCUCUCUCUCUCUCUCUCUCUCUCUCUCUCUCUCUCUCUCUCUUUCAAAUCUCUCCUGUUUUUUUUUUUUGUGUGUGUGGUAUAACAAAAAGCCCAUCCUGCUGCCAGGACAGUCACUUGAGAGACUUGGGUAAAUAAUGGAGAUCCAGGAUGGAAAGAAAGAAAUGACAAACAAUGGCAAAGAAUUAACAAGCAUGAAACAAAUAAAGGUAAUGGCAAGUUAUUCAUGAUAUGUCCUACAGCUCUGUGAUGGUAUUUUCAUAUUUAUCAAAAUUUGUAUUAUGUGGGAUAUGGAGAAAAUACAAGAUGCCCAAAGGAUGUUUAUGGUUGUUUUUUUUUUUUUUCUUAUUCAAUAACUGUACUAUUUUGUGUUAAAUAUUAAAGUGUACUGACUGAAUUUGAUUACAUUUGAAGGCCAGUGAUUUGUGGAAGUGUACUAUUCAGAAACCUUCUACACUAAAGUAGCUUCAGUUGGGAAAUUAUGUAUAUUAAUAUUUGUAUGUAUUCAUGUAUGUUUAUAGGUGGCAUUUUUCCAUGUAUAUUACCAACAAAAAACAUGUUCAUGAAUUCACAUAUUUAAUUCUAUUUGUUUUCAUGUGAUAGCAAGUUAUUGUUUUUAAUUUGUCACAAAAAAACACUAUCAUUUUUUCUCAGUCUUGGAAUAAUGAAAUUUUGUUUUUACCAGAUAACAUGAUUAAAUGAAUGGAAAAAAAAAUAUGAGCAGAGGAAUAUUUAACAGUUAUUCCACGAAAUCGAGUCGUACAUGACCUGAUGGGUGACGAGGCACGUAGCACUGAGUUGUCUAUAAUCCAUAUAUGAUGGGAUUGAGUGGAAUAACUGUUUUAUUCUAUCCACAUUCACUGGAUUUUGAGAAACAGAGCAUUUUUAUUUUUUGCAAAUUCGAUAAAUAAAAACUUUAUACAAAAUGUCCGACAAAAUCAUUUCCACUUAGAAUGUAAACAAACCGGCAAAAUGACAGGAGCAAUUUGUGAAAAAUACGAUAAUAAUAAUUCUUGAAAAAUAAAAAAGAUAUGUUCUUUCCAUCAAAUACUUUUAUUCCAUUUUUUUGGGGGGGGGUUUGUUUUCGAGUAGAGUUUUUAUUUCGUCCUCGGUUGGUUCAACAACACGCUCCGCCAUUUUCUUUUUUUCCUUUUGGGUUUUCUGGCGGUUGGCAAGCCAACUUAAAGUUGCAUUACUGCCACUGACUGGGCUGGAGUGUAGAACAGGCGAUACUGAAGAAAAAAACCCUAUAUUAUUUAGCUAUUUCGGUUUCUUUUAAAUUCUUUACAACAAAUUGAUAUGUCUGACUUGAUGUGCUCCGCCAUUUUGUUUUUCCUUUACUCAUGGUAUAUGAGCUGAUAGCCUAGUAGUAGAGUAGCCAAUCAGAGCACAUGAUUGCUCAUAUCCAGUGAAUGUGGAUAGAAUAAUGAUAGUUAAUCAUACUUAAUACUGUAUCUCACUUCACAUACAGAUCACAAGCCAAUUUCUAUAUUUGUAAUGCCUUUUUAUAUUAUUUUUAUUCUCAGUUUAUCCUGAAUGCAACAUAGACCUGUUUCAAGCAACAACUUUGUUUAAGGCUGACAUGCUUCUUAUCAUAUUUCAAGCCAUUAAGUUAAUUAUAUUAUUAGAUUAGAGGGGGAAAUUAAGGGUUAUUAAUCACUAUUUUAUUGUCCUGUGAUCUCAGGAAAGAAUGUGUUAUAUGAGAAGAUAAAUUAACACCACAAGAAAACAAAUAAAAUUAACUUGUUGUGAAAAAAUAUGUGAAUCCAUAAAAGU